CGCUGGAAAGAUGGAAAACUUCCCUGAUCCUACCCAAACUUGGCAACACAGACAUCCUAGGCUGCAACAAGCGCAGCAAAGUGCCAGCCAACACCGUGACCCUUUUUCCAUGUUUCUCCCAUAAAGAUGCCUCAUCUUCAGCAUCUAGUCAACGUCGCCGUCUCCGUAUUUCCUCUUUCGCUCGUCGUCUUCAUCUAUGAGCGUGCCUUGGUGCCCAUCUACGGCUCCGUGCCAACAAACCAUUUACUGGACAAGAUACUAGUACCAGCGCUUGUCAUCUCAGCCGUCCAACCUUUCGCCUUUUCUCUCAGUCAAAGGGCUUUCAUCUCUGCGUUGUUGUUCGCAGCGGCACCAAAUGCCACGUACUGGGUAGCCAUUUGGUCGGCAAGGAAUCGAGAUCCACUGUGGGGUCCGGCAGCUACUCAUGUUGUGGUUUUGGUUCCAAUGGUCGUUUCCCUUUCGAGUUUCAUGGUUGGGAGCCGCAGGAAGGCGUCGCGCAUAUUGAGGAUGCUCUCCCACUCAGUGCAAACAGUGGUUAUACCUUUGAUUGCCCUCAGAAUCACGAAGAAAUUUUGGUCACAGUGUACGGCUUUGAACGCACUCUCCGAAAGUUUUAUUUUUCUGGUGCUCUCCGUCGUAUUCUUAUGCCUCUCAAUCACUCAGAUGGAUAUCUCACCUGCUCCUACUCCCAAAUCAUCGUCCAAAAUCCAGCAACGGAAGUCUGCAACCUCAUUCACUCCUUUACAGACCAAGUUUAUCAUUCUCUCACUGGCUGCCGCUCUUUCUUACACAAUUUAUCCAAAACUAUAUUCUCCGGUGCUUCCUCAUCCUCUACCACAACCAUAUACACAUCCUAGUUAUCCCCUACAGAUUCAUUCUUCUGUCCAAUCAACGACAGGAUUGAUCGUGGUCGGACAAGCACUCACUCUAUCUAGUGACCCAGAUCAUCCUGACAACCAGAUGUCUCAUGUUCGCUAUCUUCGCGCCGCUCACUCAUUUCUUGGAGGUGUGUGGAUGGGGCCCAAGGUGAUGACUAUGGAGGGUGUCGCACCACUACAUGAUUCUCACAACCAUCGUUUGGGUGACUCUAUCUAUGGUGUUUUCACCCUCCAAGAAGCUGCUCGAUUGGUAAAUAGCACGGCCAAAAAUGAAUGGGAGAAUGCAUUGGUAAUUGGUCUUGGAGCUGGUAUCUCUGCGACAUCCUUUCACAGACACAACAUGUCUUUGACCAUUGUCGAGAUUGAUCCAGCUGUGUAUGAUGCUGCCAGGCAAUGGUUUGGUCUGCCCGAUCCAGGACCCAAGAACGUGUACUUGGAAGAUGCGAGAAGCUGGGCCGCUCACAAGCGUGCCAGUGCUGACGCCGGCGUCCAAGGAACUCUAUAUGACAUCGUGGUCCAUGACUGCUUCUCCGGAGGUGCCGUGCCUGAACAUAUCUACACAAUGGAGUUCUGGAGCGACCUCAAAAGCACUAUCCAUCCUGAAGGCGUUUUAGUGGUUAACUUCGUUGGACACGUCAAAUCUGAAGCUAUGCGGAUGAUUUUGUAUACUUUGUCCAAGGCUUUUGGCCAGUGUCGGGCAUUCCACGACGUCGGUAUAGCCGAUCUUUCUGAAGAUCAAUAUGAGACAGAAUAUAUUAACAUUGUAUUCUUCUGUACUAUGUCCAGAAGUCCUCUGACCUUUAGAAAUCCUACGAGUGAAGAUUUCCUAGGCUCUCCUCUCCGCCGCUACAUCCUUUCUACUCUUAACGCGCGCGAGAUAAAUUUAAAUGCCGUCAAAGAAGGGAUUACUGCAGAGGAAGAAGAAAAGUAUAUUUUAACCGACGAAAACAAUCCACUAGGACGCCUUCAAGAUGCACAAGGGCAUUAUCACUGGACCUUGAUGAGAGACGUGUUGCCUGACAUAUUCUGGGAGACAUAUUAGUGGAAUUUGGAUGUAUACCCUAUUACAACGUAGAAUGCAUCAUACAAUUUGCAUAGAUUGAAGACGUCUAUAAAUAUUGCCUUUGACGCAAAGAACGGUGUC